AUGGACCCGGGCCCCCAAGGGACGCGGGGACCCCCAACGACCACCAGGGGACCCACAAGGGCCGACGAGGGACCCACAAGGGGGCACCAGCGACCCACAAAGGGACCCGGCCCCACACAGGGACCACGAGACCCACAACGGACCAGGGACCCCAACGGAGCACCGGGACCCACAAAAGGAGCGCCCGGGAACCGACAACGGACCGCCAGGCCCCCCAAGGGGCCACGACGCCCCACAAACGGACCCCACGCCCCACAAGGGGACCCAGCCCAACGGCCCCGCGCGGCCCACAACGAACCCCCGCGGCCCACAAGGGGGCCCCAUGACACAAGGGACCACCCUGACGCCCAACGGCCGCCACGGCCCCACAAGGGUGCCGCGAGGGACCACAAGGGCCCCCACGGCCCCCCAGGGGGCCCCCAGCCCCCAAGGGAGCCCCGCGGCCCCAAAGGGACCACCCGGGACCCACAACCGACCCCCCAGCCUGCCGCCAAACGGACCCCCACGGCCCCACAACGGGACCCCAGGGCCCCACAACGGACCCCCGGCGCCCACACUGACCCCCAGGGCCCACCAACGGAACCCCCGCGGCCCCACAAGGGACCCCGCGGCCCCACAAGGGGGCCCGAGGGCCCCCCAGGGACCACGAGGGGACCCACAACGGGGCCACACGGCCCCCACAAGGGACCCCCGCGGCCCACAACUGACCCCCGCGUCCCCGACGAACGGACCCCAGGACCCACAGACGGACCCCCCAGGGACCCACAACGGACACGACGGCCCACAAAACGGACCCCCGCGGCCCCACCCAAGGGACCCCCGCGGCCCCAACAACGGACCCCCCGCGGCCGCCACAACGACCCCCGCGGCCCCACAGGGGCCGCGAGGGGACCCGCCAAGGACCCCCAGCCCUCCCAAGGUGCCCGCCGCGGCCCCACAACGGACCCCCGUCGGCCCCACAGGGCCCCCAGCCCCCAAGUGCCCCCGCGGCCCACAAGUGACCCCCGGGACCCACAACGGACCCCGCACCGGGACCCCCAACGGACCCCCAAGGGCCCCCCGCGGCGCCCUCCCCCCGGCGCGGGGGGACGGCCAGAGGCGCCACGGCUGGUCCAGCGGGGUGAGCCACGUGGAGCGUUGGACACGGGGGGCGGGGGAAGAAAAACGGCGCGGGGCCAGGGACUAGACAACCAGGGAGGGGGGCGAGACCGGAAGCGGAAGUGA